AUGAACCCUUCGGUGACCUUCCUCGCCGGGUACCAGAACAUCGGGUCAGAAGUUGAGGUGUCCACUGUUGAGAAGCAGCGGAAAGAACUGCAGCUGUUAAUUGGAGAAUUAAAAGAUCGUGAUAAAGAGCUCAAUGAUAUGGUCGCAGUACAUCAAAGACAACUUGUGUCAUGGGAGGAGGAUCGGCAGAAAGUGCUGACUUUGGAAGAACGUUGCAGUAAAUUAGAAGGUGAACUACAUAAAAGAAGUGAAAUUAUCAGGUCACUCACGAAGAAAGUAAAAACCCUGGAAUCGAAUCAAAAUGAAUGUCAAAUGGCUCUUCAGAAGACUCAGCAACAGCUCCAAGAGAUGGCUCAGAAGGCAACCCAUGCGUCUCUCCUCUCGGAAGAUCUUGAGACUAGGAACCAGAAUCUCAGCAACACAUUAGUGAACCUUUCUGCCCAAGUAGGACAAUUACAAGCUCGAGAACAAGCACUCACUACAAUGAUAAAACUAAAGGACAAAGAUAUUAUUGAGGCAGUUAAUCACAUUGCUGACUGUUCAGGCAAAUUUAAACUAUUGGAACAUGCGUUACGUGAUGCCAAGAUGGUAGAAACUAGUAUUGUGAAAGAAAAGCAAGAUUAUAAGCAAAAAUUUAAAACACUGAAGGUUGAAGUUAGUAAACUAAAAGAGGAGCUGAAUGAAAAGACAACAGAAAAUAAUGACCAACGAGAAGAGAUCAUUCGCCUCAAGCAAGAGAGAAGUUACCUGCACGAUGAGCUGAUUUUCACUGUAGAAAGAGAGAAGAGGAAAGAUGAUUUACUUGAUAUCGCAAAGUCAAAACAAGAACGGACCAAUACUGAGCUGCAUAAUCUGAGACAGAUUUAUGUGAAACAACAGCAUGAUCUGCAGUUUCUUCACUGUAACGUGGAAAAUUCUCAGGAAUUAAUCCAGCUAUGUGAUGCAAGGAUGGAGGCACCAAAGGCCCUGGAGGCUAGCGGAGACAUGUGUUUGUCAGACCUUGAAACUAGCCACUCCAAAGCCGAUGUUAAGAGAGAGAAAGAUCAGAAGUUACUGGUUAAGGACCAAAAAUUUGAGACCAUGUUGGUUCAGCCAAAUAGGUCAGACAAGAGCUCUUACGAUGUAUGCAAAGAGAAGAAACUACAGGUUAACGCCUGCUUUGGGGAAAAACGUGUAACUGCUCUCUCAUCUCUGUUUACAAAAGACUCAGUGGAGAAACACAGGUCUUGGUCUCUGGGAGGAAAACUCCAGAUUGAAUCUGAAAACAAAAGUUCCUUGUGCAAGAUCCAUGCCAAAUUGUCCAAAGAUAGCGAGCUUGGGAUGCCAAACCAAGAGAAGCAGCUGUUGGAGUUGUCUCUAGCCGAUGAAAAGCAGUGGCAUGACGUCAGUGUUUACCUGGGCCUGGCCACCUGUCCUGGCUGCAAAUCACCCGAAAAGCCAAGCGGUGAUUGUCAAGAUCCGAGGGGCAGGUCGGAGGUGUCGUUCUGCCCGAAUGACGAGACCUGUCUGAAUGAAAGUGAUCUCUAUGACUCCAAGUGCUGCCACCCGAGUGACUUUGUAGUUGAAGCCCCAGGCCACAUGUCUGAUGUCCAGUGGAUGAACCUUUUCAAGCCGUACAAAGUAGAAAGAAUUGUUCGCCAUAAGUCCACAUGCUCUUGUACAGAAAGUGCCAGUAGAGCAAAACACAACUCCUCAGUCAGCAAACUGGUUGACAUGCGUCCUAGUUCCUUUAAGAUGUCUAGUGAUGUCUUUGAUGAUUUUUCUCCCACAAGUAAGCUUCAGCGUUUACUGGCAGAAUCCCGUCAGAUGGUGUCUGAUCUGGAGCUGAGCACUCUGUUGCCUCUCAGCAAUGAGAACCUCAACAGCGGUGACCAACAUGUAUGUGCUUACUGCCCGGUGAUCAAGUGUGUACUCUCUGAAUUCCCCGCUGAGUGCUAG